AUGAUAAAAAUCAUUAAUGAAUUGCAAUUAUCUAUAGCUGAUUCCAAUAAAUCCAAUGAUGCAUUAACUGUUGAAACUAUUCAUAUUUCUGAAGCUGACCUGAAUUUUGAUCUUCUUAAUCAAUUUGAGCUGGAUACUGGAGAACCACCAUUCGAAGAAGAAUCGUAUGCUGAAUAUUUUUCGGGCUAUGUAGAAAAUCACUUCUAUAAAAAAAUACCCUUCUUUAACUGCUCCACAUAA